CACUGAAAGAUUCACAUUUCAGAUCGAAGCGAAGGAGACGAAUCCCCCAUUCCAGGCUGUAACGGUGCCAGUCAGCGUAACUCUACUGGACAAGAACGACAACAGUCCUGUGUUCACCAGUAACAUGUACGAAGGAAAGGUGUAUGCAAAUCAAACAGCGGGGAUGGGGCUGGUCCAGGUUAAGGCAGAAGAUCCAGAUGCCGACAAGAACGGGCAGGUCAAAUACUCGAUUGAAUUUGGGAACGACGCCGGCUACUUCUCAAUCGAUGAAAACAGUGGAAACAUCGCAUUGGCUAAAACCAUUCCCCUGGAGGAAAACGUGGUAUUGGAGUUCCCUCUCUUCAUAACAGCCAGAGACGGCGGCACGAUAUCACGCUCCUCCUCAGCACAGGUGAACAUUCGUGCUCCAGGUGACUCGAAACCUCAGUUUUUACAAAAACUGUUCCGUGGCACCGUAGCAGAAGAGCAGGAGCCAGGAGUCGUUAUUCUUACAGUAAGUCGUUAA